CGACUGCACCUUCCGACCGGCACCGGCUCUCCGCCGGGCACCGUUCCACCGUCGCGCGGCCCUGGCGGCGCCCGAGCCCGCAAUGUCGGGCCCCAACGGGGACCUGGGCGUGCCGGUGGAGGCGGGCGCGGAAGGCGAGGACGACGGCUUCGGGGAAGCAGAAUACGCUGCCAUCAACUCCAUGUUGGACCAGAUCAACUCCUGUCUGGACCACCUGGAGGAGAAGAAUGACCACCUCCACGCCCGCCUCCAGGAGUUGCUUGAGUCCAACCGGCAGACGCGCCUUGAGUUCCAGCAGCAGCUUGGGGAGGCCCCCAGCGAUGCCAGCCCCUAGGUUCCGGGAGCCCCCAACCAGACCUCAACCCUGCCUCCCUGGCCAGGCUCUGGCCUGGGCACUCACCACCUGGCUGAGAUGCCGUCUCAAGGGCUGGCCUGCGGGUCCCCUGGUGGGUCUGCCUGCCUGGGCGACCCUUCUGGUACCACCCUUGGGAUGCCUGGGCCAGCCCACACUGCCCGGUAUCCCCUCCUGGGGCCAGGUGUGUGCCUGCGACCCACCCACCUUGUCUGCCUGCCCAAUUCCUGGGCACUCCCAACUCUGCCCAGGCCCUGAGUGUCCACAUUAAAACGGGUCUCCCACACCA